CACCACGUGACCCCAUAGCGUCACGGCUGCGCUAGCAGUCACAAGAUGGCGGAGAGUGCGGAACUAAAGCAAAUGGUGAUGAGCCUGCGGGUGUCAGAGCUGCAGGUUCUUCUGGGCUAUGUGGGCAGAAACAAACAUGGACGAAAGCACGAGCUCCUGACUAAAGCCUUACACCUCCUUAAAGCUGGCUGCAGCCCUGCCGUCCAGAUGAAGAUCAAGGAGCUCUACAGACGACGCUUCCCCACCAAGCUGGUGUCCCCAGCAGAACUGGCCCUGCCCGGAGUCCACCCCGCCGCUGCCUCCUUGCCCCCCGGCCUCACGCAGUUGGGAUUUGAUGGGCACGGAGCGCCCCCGUCCCCUCUGCUCCCCAUCUCCCUCCUCGGGCCCAAACACGAGCUGGGCCUGCCCCACCUCCCCACGAACCUGCACCCCGUACACCCUGAUGUCAAACUGCAGCGGCUGCCCUUCUACGACGUACUGGAUGAGCUCAUUAAACCCACGAGUCUUGCUUCAGAUAACAGCCAGAGGUUUCAGGAAACAUGUUUUGCAUUUGCAUUGACGCCACAGCAGGUCCAACAAGUCAGCAGCUCAAUGGACAUAUCGGGGACCAAAUGUGACUUUACAGUGCAAGUACAGUUACGGUUUUGUCUAUCAGAGACAAGCUGCCCUCAGGAGGACCACUUCCCCCCUAAUCUUUGCGUUAAAGUCAAUGGGAAACCGUGUAAUCUCCCAGGAUAUCUGCCUCCUACCAAAAAUGGCGUGGAACCAAAGAGGCCCAGCAGACCCAUCAACAUUACCUCAUUGAUCAGACUGUCCACAACUGUCCCCAACACCAUCGUAGUGUCCUGGACCUCAGAAAUUGGACGUAGUUACUCUAUGGCAGUGUACCUGGUCAAACAACUGUCAUCUACAAUGCUUUUGCAGAGGCUACGGGCUAAAGGCAUCAGAAAUCCAGAUCACUCCAGAGCACUCAUAAAGGAAAAGUUAACGGCAGACCCUGAUAGUGAAAUAGCAACCACCAGCCUAAGAGUUUCAUUAUUAUGUCCGCUGGGAAAGAUGCGGCUAAUGAUUCCGUGCCGGGCGUUGACGUGUUCACACCUGCAGUGUUUUGAUGCUACGCUCUACAUCCAGAUGAAUGAGUUGUUUAUGGAGAUUCUGAACAGCUGUUUAGAUUGUGAUGAAAUCCAGUUCAAAGAAGAUGGCAGCUGGGCCCCCAUGAGGUCGAAAAGGGAAGUGCAGGAGGUGUCGGCUUCAUACAAUGGCAUUGAUGGUGGAUGUCGUACAACAGUGUUGGAUCAGAACUCUCAAACAAACGGCAACAGUGGAGGCAACAGCAAAAAAGUGGAGGUGAUUGAUUUGACUCUUGACAGCUCGUCUGAAGAAGAGGAAGAUGAAGAACCUCCUCAGAAGAAAAGCUGCCCCUCGCUAUCUAGCAUCUCUCCUCAGAUGGAUAAUGGGGUACUAAAUCUCCACAGACAAGUGUCUCCUGUGAGUCGAACUCCCAGCAUGCCUCAGGUGGACACCAAUUACAUUCCCCCACCUCCUCCCCUCAUUCAGGACUACCGCCACUACUACUCUACACCCGCUGACCUGUCAGAGCUCAACUUUUUUCCUUUUUUACAAGGAGAGAAUCAUCAGCACUACAACAUGGUGAUGGCAGCAGCCGCAUCAGCCUCUGAAGAUCACGACCUCCUCCUGAGUCGUUUUCUCCCAUACGGCUCGUCCCAGCUCUUCCUGGACCCUCCCUCUACCCCCGCAAGCAACAACCUCCCUCCCAUUAACGGGAGUAGCCUGGUGUCCUCCAGCAGCCUGCGGGAAAGCCUUGGACAUCCACCCGCCCCAUGCCCCACCUCCGAAUCGGCCCCCACGUCUGCCAUCUACGGUCCCAUCCCAGACGUCAUCUCUUUAGACUGACCCAGGACCGAAACUGACUGAAGAGACUUCCAAACAUUGGGAAGAAAACGGGACAUACAGGAUGACUGAAGGGUGUUUUUGUAAACGAUGAUAAUCGUUGCCGUGUACAGAGAACAAAUAUAUUUUUUGUUUUACUUUUGUAUAUACUUAUCUAGCUAUCUAAUGUAUAUGUAAACUUGAAAGCGUUUUUCUUCCUCUCUGGCUUGCUAAAAUUACUUUGGGUUUUGUCUCCUGGGAAACUGACGCUCCUUUUUUCUUCACAGCUUUGUCUCAACCUCUUUAACAUAAUAUGAACACUUUUUAUGUCCUUCACCCAUCAUAUUCUGUAAUCGUCUUUAUUUUGUCUGAUUUCACAGGGCACAAUGGCUGCGAUCGGACCGUCUGCCGGACUCUUGGUUCUUUUCCCAGCAAAACUUGUUGUCUUUGCCAAUCCAUAACAUUUCCCCGAAACAUGUAGGAUUUUAUAUAAUGCUUUUAAAGGGAAAGUUCACCCAAAAAUGAACAUUCUGUCAUCGUUUACACACCCUCAUAUUGUAUAUUCUUCUGCGGAACGCAAAAGAAAAUAUUUUCAGUGUUUUCCCCCCCCCAUACAAUGAAAGUCGGUGGGGUUCAGU